AUGUUGCUUAGGAAAGGUGCUCUUUUUGCGCCCUUUGAUUUUGUUCUUUGCUGUAUAGUCGCCACUGUGUUAUUCGCAGAUGACCUAUAUGCGAGAGAUCAUUUUUCACCGGACUUCGGUUAUUUACUAAGACGAAGUUUCGGGGGACAUAUGGACUCUUUUGGUCAUCCACACACAGACACCAUAGGAAUCUCACCGCCAUUCAUAAAAACAAACAACACACCAACGUUGCGCCACUAUGAUUCAGCAGCAAAUUUGCCACAGCGUUACAUUGUCAGAAUUAAUCCAUCGCAAUAUUCCAACAGACCCAUGAUGCGAAGUCUGUUUAGUCCAUCCAAAACCGAAGCGUCCAAAAUGAACAACGGACUUUCCGAACCGAGAAGUGCGCAUAAAGUUUACGGAACAAGAAAAGAAAAGCGACCAUUGACCUACAAACCACUGAACCCGCAAGGAUUUUUGAAGAGGCAAUUCAACAGACCGAAAUAUCUACAACGGAAUGAGAUAGUACCCCAAAUAGGCUAUGCACCAACAUGGCAGCUAGCGAACGCAGAAUGGCCUUCGUUUCACCAGCAACCAGAUUUUUUCCAGUCUCAAAGUCAACCACAUGCAACAGAAUAUUCAUGGCCAAAACGACCAUCGCCUGUAUUUGACCCAGCUGCAGACUUUUCACACUUGCAAAUGUUACCACAAACAGAAGAUUAUUCACCGCCACAACGACGACCACCUUCAGAUACGCAUUUUGCACUUCCAUCAGAAGAUUCAUCAAUAGCAACAGAAAGGUGGCCUUCAUUUGGUCAGGAACUAGGCUUUUACCCAGAGUUUUCAGAAUUUUCAGAGCUACCAGAAGAGAUAGAUUUACCAACUGAAGAAUGGCUUACGCUCUCUGAAAAACCACGUUUGCCUGUACAACUACCACCAUCAGAAGUUUUUGUAGAACUGCCCGUGAUGGAUGCUUACGACCCAGAUGUAUCACCUGUAUUUCUACCUAGUCCAAAUUUAGGACCCUCUUCACAUGUAUCAAAUCAACCCGCGUUUCAUCAGGUGACAGGCGUGCCACAAAGUAUAGUUCUAAUCAACGGAGUGUAUAUGUUCCCACAAGCCGGCAAGAGACCGUUUAAUAAAUCACCUAUAACUAAUGGAGAUUCCAUUGAAGCCGGCAAGAGAUCUUUUAAUAAAUCACCUAUAAUUAAUGGAGAUUCCAUUGAAGAAUCAAACGUUCUUGGCACGCCAGAGCAUAUUGAAGUGCAAUCAUUAUUUCCACCGACACCUCCAUCAGAAUCCGAAGCACAUACCGGAGCAGAGUUUAUUACAAUGACGCCAUCACCAUCAGAAGCAGAAGUAUACCCUACACCAAGGCUUACUGAAGUGACACCAUCACCAUCAGGGCUAGAAGAAUCCGUCACACCUGGGUUUAUUUCAGUGACGCCAUCGUCAGCAGAGCCAGAAGAAUCGGUCACCCAUGAAUUUAUUUCAGUGACGCCAUCGUCAGCAGGAGUAGAAGUACCCGACACACCACAGUUUAUUGAAGUGAAGUCACCACCAUCAGAACUAGGAGUUUCCUUCGAACCAGAACUUACUAAAGUGACGCCACCACCAACAGAAUCACAACCUCAGUGGUUUCAAACUAUGACACAAUAUUUUUCGCCUACAGCAGCAACAGAACCACCUGAGUUGCCUGUAACUACCAAAAUAUUGCUUCCUCCAGCUACAGAAGCACCUCAGUUCUCACACAUUACCGAAACAUUUUUGCCUCCUCCAUCAGCGCCAGAAGUGUUUCAGGGGCCUGAAAUUAUCGAACAAUAUUCGCCUCCUCCAGCGCCAGAAGUAUUUCAGGGACCUGAAAUUAUCGAACAAUAUUCAUCUCCUCCAGGUACGAUUAGCCAAACCUACAAAAAGUUAUAACUCUUGAUUUCUUAAGAGUAUUUUUUAAUAGUUU